CCUGGUCCUGUACUUCAGCUGAGUCGCUCUCUCAAGUGAAAACAUAUAUAAUUUGUUUUAUUGGCGAGGCAAAAAUAACUUGAUUUGAGUUGAGGGAGGGGUUGGUGGUAGCUCAGUCGAAUCCGAUCGGACCAUCUACUCCGGCGACCCAAAGGUAGUAGACUGAUAUGGCUUCAUUCCGAGCAUUCUUGAACAGUCCAGUUGGUCCCAAAACAACUCAUUUUUGGGGCCCCAUUGCUAAUUGGGGGUUCGUUGCUGCGGGGUUGGUGGACAUGCAAAAACCUCCAGAAAUGAUCUCUGGGAACAUGACUGCAGCAAUGUGUGUCUAUUCGGCAUUGUUCAUGAGAUUUGCAUGGAUGGUACAGCCUCGUAACUAUCUGCUUUUGGCGUGCCAUGCUUCAAAUGAAACUGUACAACUAUAUCAAUUAUCCCGCUGGGCAAAGGGUCAAGGGUACUUGUCAGAGAAGAAAGAAGAGAAAGAAGAGAAAGACAAAGCUGUGUCUCAGUAACUCGAUGCUUCUUUCAAUUUAUUUUUUCAAUGUUGGGUGGUGAUUUUCGCAGAAAUCAAGACUGAUCUCUUAUGUAAGACUCGUUUAAAAUAGUUUCAUUUUAACUGCCUGCAUAAGACUUUAUGAGCAUACCAUUUUUCGCUGAACCUUGAUUUACAUCACUUUGAUCCAUUUGGCUGAUGGUUUCUCAAAAGGAAGAAAUAAAAUUAGUGAGCAAAAAUUCUUUACA